CUUUGCAGAAGGUUCCGUUGCUGUUUCUUUUUCCUCUCACCGGGCACAUUAGGGAUUUGGACCAUCCAUGUGAUUGGCCAGCAUGCUGCUCAUUGAGGAAAAGUACAGAUCGGUUGCUCAGAUGCUGUUUUCGUCAGGCUCAUGUCCACGAUGUGUGCUUCGCUUCUGCUGCGUUGGUUCCACAACUCCUUACCGUCUUCCAUAUAAGGAUCUGGUUUGUGAACUACGGACGUACCUUGCUGCAAACCCUGGUGCUGUUAACCUUGGUGAUACAACUGACUUACACUGGAAUCCACCGUGCAAGAGGCCCAAACUUGAUGUAACUGAUGAAAAUCAGGGUGACAAUGAAUCCACAAAUUUUCCACAAUGUGAAGGCACAAAUGAACCUCCAGUUCCAAAAACCUGUAAUUUAUGUCUGGGAAUCCUUCAACAUCUGUCUGAAGCACAGUUUGUCAAAGAGAUUUUUCAAAAGGUGAAUUCUGCUGGGUAUGAAUUUAAGGAUUUUGUGUUCUCUGUGUCUUUACCAGCACAACUGUCUGUGAGAGAGUACUCUGCAUGGCUACAGGCAAAACAGGAAAUGGGAAAGCAGGGUUGUUCCUUUGACAAGGCAGACAUUGUCCAGCUGAAGGAGGCAUACAAAUGGAUUAUCCAUCCUCUGAUUGCCAAAGAACUCGGGGUUCAAGCUGUGAGUAAGAGUUUGUUCGAAGUAGCUGUGGUGUUUGCUCACCCAGAAACAGAUGGAGACUGCCACUUCCUAGCCAAGGUGUGCAAAGACUGUUUUAAAGCUACUAAAAAUAAGCAGUCUGUUUUUACCCGAAUGGCAGUUGUGAAGGCAUUAGACAAGAUAAAAGAAGAUGAUUUCCAUGCUUCAUUUUCAUACCCUCCUCAAUGUCCAGGGACGGUUUGUGAAGUUGUGGACAUUCAGUGCAGUCAUGCAUCUCUUUUUGUUGCUGGUAGAUACAAUAAAUACUCCAGAGAUUUACCGCAAACACCAUGGGUAAUUGAUGGUGAAAGGAAAAUGGAAUCGUCUGUGGAGGAGUUGAUAACUGAACACUUAAUGGCAGUAUUUAAAGCGGAAAGCUUUAAUUUUUCAUCCUCUGGACGAGAAGAUGUUGAUGUUCGAACAUUAGGAAAAGGGAGACCUUUUGCAAUUGAACUUGUGAAUCCUCACAGAGUACAGCUCACUGUGCAAGACAUGAAGGAGCUACAGCAGAAAAUAAACAGCUCCGACAAAAUCAAAGUUCGUGACUUACAAAUUGUGACCAGGGAGGCAAUGGCACACAUGAAAGAAGGGGAAGAGGAGAAGACAAAGUGCUACAGCGCACUAAUAUGGACAGAGAAAGUGAUCCAGAAGGAAGAUCUCCAACUGCUGGAUAAUACAGAGGAAUUGAAGAUUGCACAGAAAACACCUCUACGGGUUCUUCAUCGCCGCCCUCUGGCUUCAAGGGCUCGUAUCAUCCACACAAUGAGAACAGAGCCUGUGGAUGAACACCACUUUCGUCUCUAUUUGAAGACACAAGCAGGGACAUACAUAAAGGAAUUUGCACACGGUGACUUUGGAAGGACCAAGCCAAAUAUAGGUUCCAUAAUGAAAACCACCGCUGAUAUCCUUGAGCUAGAUGUAGAGUCUGUUGAUGUCGACUGGCCUCCAGCUUUGGAUGAUUGAUCUUCAAAGUUUACAGAGAUAUUUACCCAAAACUCACCUGUGACAAACUAGAUUUAAUACCCACCUGGGCCCGUUUGUUAAUAUAACAAGAUUACAUCAAUCUUGUUCAUCUUCUGUUGGAAAACAUUGCUAACCACUGAAUAUGCAGACACAAAAGAUUUAUUGGUUUACUGUGAAACAAAAUAUCACGGAUUACCAGAUACGAGACAUUUUGUGUUUUCUAACAAUGUGUAUAUGCUAGAAACCAGGAUAUCUAUAUAUUUUUUUUAUUUACAAUCUGUGGUUGGGUUUUAUUCACCAUAUUAUGUUUCAUUUCAUAUGUAACAUGAAUAAACAAAAUUUGGACA